AGUAUCUUGCCUCUUUAAGCUCUACAUAAACCCAUUCCAUUUCCCCGAAAACUAGAUAUCUUGCUUUAGGGUUUUAGGAAUAGACAGAGUCUGGAGAGAAGUGAACACAGCAAUGGCUUUCUUUGGUAGAAUUGGGAAUUUGUUAAGACAUGCUGCGAGCAGGCAGGUUAGCUCGGAAUUGCGUUCAUCCCCUUCUUUUUUUCAGGCUAUACGCUGCAUGUCUUCUGCUCCAAGCUCCAAGCUGUUUAUAGGAGGUGUUUCGUAUUCUACUGAUGAGCAAAGUUUGAGGGAAGCUUUUUCAAAAUAUGGUGAAGUUGUUGAUGCAAGGAUAAUUAUGGAUCGUGAGACUGGUAGAUCCAGAGGAUUUGGCUUUAUUACAUACACUUCAGUUGAGGAGGCUUCGAGUGCCAUUCAGGCCUUGGACGGUCAGGACCUUCACGGUCGCCAGAUUAAGGUAAAUUACGCUAAUGAAAGAACUCGUGGUGGUGGUGGUGGCUUUGGUGGUUCCUAUGGUGCUGGAGCUGGUGGUGGCUAUGGAGGUGGUUAUGGUGGUGGCGGCUACGGUGGUGGUGGCUAUGGUAGAAAUGCAGCUGGUGGUUAUGGGGGUGCUGGCUAUGGUGGAAAUGCAGCUGGCAGUUAUGGGGGUGGUGGAUAUGGUGGUGGCGACUAUGGAUCAGGUGGCAAUUAUGGGGACAGUGGCUCUGUCAAUAACUACUCUGCUCCAGAUAAUUUUGGAGCUAGUAGUGCUGGUGGCAGUUACAGUGGGGGUGGGAUAAAUUAUGGGAAUGAUGGAAACACUUACGCAGGUGGAAGCAGUGGAGGCUAUGGUGGUAACAGUGGAAGUUUUGGCGAUGCUGGUGGUGUAGGCAAUCAGGAAAUUUCUGGUGGUUUUGGCAGUAGUGGAUAUGAUGGAAAUGCCGUGGAUGGUAGUGGCGGUACAGGUACUGGCCCCAGCGGCUUUGCUGAUGGAUUUGAUGGAAGUGGGGGGUUGGAAUUUGGCAGCACUGGCCAAUUGGACAGCAAAACAAACAGCAACGGAAAUGAGGAUUUGGGAGAUUACAGGGACGACAAUGAUGAUGCUGAUGAUUUUGCCAAAAGAGCUUGAUGGAAGUUUUUAGUUUUUAGAUUUCUACUGCUCGUGUUCUGUACCGUACCUCUUCCUAAAAUCUCUAUGGACUCAACCUGAUGAGCAUUUCAGGCAUUGUUAUCUUUAUCAGCUGGACAUGGCUGAAAAGGAAGUUAUGUACGUCCAUCUUAAUCGUCUUUCAUUCCUUAUUUUCUUAAGAAUCAGAUAUCUCAUUUUUGUUUCUUUGAGGUGGUUUAGUAUUAACCGAAUUUGAGAUCUUCAUACAGCAUGUAAAUCAGUGAAUUGUUCCAAGUUGUCAUAACAAUUGAAGACGUAUGUGGGAAUUUUAUGAUCA